UUGAGAGGAACACCACUGCAAAAGAGAAGAUGUCCUUCCUAAAAGUAGAAGCUUCGUCGGAUUUCUCCUUCCACAACCUCCCUUAUGGAAUAUUCUCCACACCUGAUCAUCCCAAACGUCGCAUUGGUGUUGCCAUUGGAGACCAGAUUCUGGACCUCAGUGUGAUUAAGUCUUUGUUUCGAGGACCUGUGAUUUCCAAACAUCAGGAUGUAUUUGAGCAGUCCACAUUGAAUGCUUUCAUGGCUCUUGGUUAUGAGGCCUGGAGGGAGGCCAGGAGAACCUUGCAGGGGUUGCUGUCAGCCAAUGAGAGCACACUGAGAGAUGAUGUCAGCCUUCGAAGCAGAGCAUUUGUCCAUCAGAGUACGUCCACCAUGCACCUUCCUGCAGACAUCGGCGAUUACACCGACUUCUACUCCUCCAGAGACCACGCCACCAACGUUGGCACCAUGUUCCGUGGGAAGGAGAAUGCUCUAAUGCCAAACUGGUUGAGGCUUCCAGUUGGAUACCAUGGAAGAGCAUCAUCAGUGGUUGUUUCUGGGACCCCCAUCCGCCGCCCCUCAGGCCAGAUGAGACCUGACCAGACAAAGCCUCCCGUGUUUGGGCCUUCUAGGCAGUUGGACAUUGAGCUGGAGAUGGCCUUCUUUGUUGGAGGGGGGAAUCAGCUCGGGGAACCCAUUCCCAUUGAGAAAGCCCAUGAACACAUCUUUGGCAUGGUGCUCAUGAACGACUGGAGUGCCAGGGACAUCCAGGCGUGGGAGUAUGUUCCUCUUGGUCCUUUUCUGGGGAAGAACUUUGGGACAACCAUCUCACCCUGGGUCAUCCCAAUGGAGGCGCUGUUACCUUUUGCAGAGCCCAACCCCAUCCAGGACCCAGAGCCCCUCCCCUACCUUCAGCACCCUGACGCUUACACUCUCAAUAUUAACCUGUUUGUGUCACUUAAAGGACAAGGCAUGUCAGAGGCAGCGAACAUCUGCAAGUCAAACUUUAAGUACAUGUACUGGACCAUGAAGCAGCAGCUCGCCCAUCACACAGUCAGCGGCUGCAACGUCAGACCUGGAGACCUGCUGGCUUCUGGUACCAUAAGUGGACCUGAUCCAGAGAGUUUUGGCUCCAUGCUGGAGUUGUCAUGGAGGGGAUCUAAAAGUGUUGAUCUGGGAGGAGGAGAAACCAGAACCUUCCUGAGGGAUGGAGAUGAAGUCACUAUCACAGGUUACGGUCAAGGAGAUGGAUACAGAGUGGGCUUCGGGCCCUGUAUGGGAACCAUUCUCCCUGCCCUGCAACAUUGAAACACAUGGUUAUUUAAGUGAGCAUCCUUCUGUGAAGCACACAUACUGGAAGACAACGUAUCUCUCUCUCUGCUAUAACAUUCACUCUCAGAAUGAAGACAACUACAAACCCAUCCUCUCUUUCUCUUAAAAGGAUUUGUUUCCAGUUUUAAUUCAUACUUGAUCAGCUUGUCUCAUAUUCAGUUGAUGCAGUCUCAAAGGUUUCUAUUGUUGUACAGGGACCUUCUAUAGAAAUCCUCUGUGAUAUUCAUCCAGCAGAGGGAUGCUCCCACAUCACGUCAAUGUUACUUCUAUACCAGGAUCAGUGUUAUUGAUGUUUUAUAUGUGUUGGCUUUGUAAUGAAAUCAUCCAUUUGUAA